AUGAGCAUUCCAUGUGUGCUAGUUUUACCAUUUCCAGCUCAAGGGCAUAUAAUUCCCUUAAUGAAUUUCUCCAAAAAAUUGGUCGAACAUGGAUGCAAAGUCAUUUUUGUGAACACAGAUUUCAACCAUAAGCUAGUGAUGAAUUCCAUGGGGGAGCAACAAUUAGAUGAUAGUUUUAAUGGAGCAUUAAAAUUGGUCUCAAUUUCUGAUGGUUUAAGACAUGAUGAGGAUAGAACAAAUUUUGCUAAGCUAUGUGUUACUAUGCUAAGUACUAUGCCUAAUAUGCUUGAGAAGCUAAUAAAAGAAAUUUGUUUGAAUGAUAAUUGUAGAAUUAGUUGCAUGGUAGCAGAUGUGAUUAUGGGAUGGGCAUUAGAUGUUGGAAGUAAGUUUGGAAUCAAUGGAACUCUCUUUUGGUCUUCAUCGGCAGCUAUGUUUGCCUUGUUAUACAACAUUCCAAAGCUUAUGGAUGAUGGUAUAAUUGAUUCUAAUGGAUUAUCAGCCACUAAGAAAACAUUUCAGCUAUCACCAAAUAUGCCAAUGAUGGACACAGAAGCCUUAGUUUGGUCAAAUGUAGCUGAGGACUCAAUUAACCUUAACAAAAUAUUUAAUUAUCUUAAACAUUGCUCACAAACAACAAAUUUGGCAAAGUGGUGGCUUUGUAACACCACAUAUGAACUUGAACCUCAAUCAUUAUCCUUUCUUCCAAAGCUUCUACCAAUUGGCCCUUUGUUGAAUAUUUAUGAUGAAAACAAAAGUGCAACAAUAUCAAUUGGACAAUUUUGGGAAGAAGAUUUAUCUUGCAUGAGUUGGCUUGACCAACAACAACAUAAUUCUGUUGUUUAUGUUGCAUUUGGUAGUUUCACACUUUUUGACCAAAACCAAUUCAAAGAAUUAGCCUUAGGACUUGAUUUAAUCAAUAGGCCUUUCCUUUGGGUUGUGCAUGAUCAAGAUUCCAAAAACAGUACAACAUUUCCUAAUGAAUUUAAGGGGUAUAAAGGGAAAAUUGUUAAAUGGGCACCUCAACAAAAGGUAUUAAGUCACCCUUCUAUAGCUUGUUUUAUUAGUCAUUGUGGUUGGAAUUCUACUUUGGAAGGUUUAUCUAACGGGGUACCCUUUUUGUGUUGGCCAUAUCAUGCUGACCAAUUUUAUGACAAGACAUAUAUUUGUGAUGAAUUGAAAGUUGGGUUGGCAUUUAACAAAGAUGAAAAGGGAUUAGUGUUAAGUGGGGAAAUAAAAAAGAAAGUUGAUCAAUUGCUUAGUGAUGAGAACAUAAGGUUAAGGUCUAUGGAGCUAAAAGGGAAGGUAACAAUGAACAUAGCACAAGAAGGUCAAUCUUCAAAGAAUUUCAACAAGUUUGUUGAGUGGUUGAAAGAAUAAAAAUUGGUCUUUUGUUAGAUGCUUAGUGAUAUAUGAAUAAAUAAGAGCAAGGUGCGAAAUAGUCAUGAACAACAAUUCAACCAAAAAUUAUACUUUUCAAAUAGUGGAAAUGGUGAGAGUGGACAUGAAUUUGCUUAAAUCAUGAAAGAAAUGGUGAAGAUGUAAGAAUUCCUCUUAAUGUAAUGAAAAUGCAUUAUAUAGCUUGUUUGUUUGAGCAAACUUAUUUUACUAGAUCUAUUUCAUUUUUGAAAGAAAAAAAAAAAAUGUUAUUUUGUACACACGACAGAU